CUCGCGCCCCGGCUCCGCCUCGCCUCGCCAUGGUGGAGCAGGGAGACGCGGCGCCGCUUCUGCGCUGGGCCGAGGGCCCCGCGGUCUCUGUGCCGCAGGACCCCGCGUUGCAGGCUGGAGGAUGGGUCCGGGGCGGCAGUGGGGGCGGCCGAGUGGCCGCGGAAGCUCCCGGAAGGCGGGAACCCGAGGAGCCAGCUCCCCCCGAAGUGCUGCUGCAGCCCGGGCGCCUGGAGCUGGGCGACGUAGAGGAGGACCAGGUGGUGGCCGUGUUCGUGGUCACCUUCGAUCCUCGCUCCGGAAACAUGGUAGAAUGGUGCUUACCUCAAGAUAUUGACCUUGAAGGUGUCGAGUUCAAGUCUAUGGCCAGCGGGUCCCAUAAGGUUCAGUCUGAUUUCAUCUAUUUCCGGAAGGGCCCCUUCUUCGGCCUGGCCUGCUUUGCCAACAUGCCCGUGGAGAGCGAGCUGGAGCGCGGCGCGCGGAUGAAGUCCGUGGGCAUCCUCUCUCCGUCCUACACCCUGCUCUACCGCUACAUGCACUUUCUGGAGAACCAGGUUCGACACCAGCUGGAGAUGCCGGGACAUUACUCUCAUCUGGCUGCAUUCUAUGAAGACAAGAAAGGGGUGCUCCACGCUGGUCCCGGGAGGGGCGGCAGCUUGCCACCCGUCUACUGGUUGCCUUCCAUUCACCGCUACAUGUAUCCUGAGAUGAAGAUCACACACCCGGCUGGCUGCAUGUCUCAGUUUAUUAAGUUCUUUGGAGAACAGAUCCUCAUUCUUUGGAAGUUCGCCUUACUUCGAAAGCGCAUUCUGAUAUUUUCUCCCCCACCUGUGGGUGUCGUGUGCUAUAGAGUGUACUGUUGCUGUUGUCUGGCCAAUGUCUCCCUGCCUGGCAUUGGGGGCACUAUCCCGGAGUCCAAACCUUUCUUCUAUGUGAACGUGGCUGACAUUGAGAGCCUGGAAGUUGAAGUGUCCUAUGUAGCCUGCACCACAGAGAAGAUAUUUGAGGAGAAGCGAGAGCUCGAUGUCUGCGUGGACAACCAGAAUGUAAAGACACACCAUGACCACCUGCAACCCCUGCUGAAGCUCAACAGUGCCGACCGGGAGAAGUACCGUCGGCUCAAUGAGCAGAGGCAGAUGCUGCUGUACUCCCAGGAAGUUGAAGGAGACUACAGCCCUUGCGAAGAGGACCUCUUUGUGCUGUUUUUCCUAGAGCAAAACAACCGGAUUUUUCAGACUCUGUUGGAGGUGUCAGCCAGCCAAGACAAAACUCUCACAGCGGAGCAUGCCCGGGGCAUGGGACUGGAUCCCCAGGGAGACAGGAGCUUUCUCAUGGACCUGCUGGAGGCCUAUGGCAUCGACGUGAUGCUAGUCAUUGACAACCCCUGUUGUCCAUAGGUAGAGUAAUAGGACUGGUGUAAGAACUCGUGUGGGGUGACAGGAGCCUGGCGUGCACCCCAGGCCCUCAGCAGCUUCAGUUUUAAUUAAGUUGACACAAAGGACUGUUUAUACUUUACAACACAUGAAAUUUUUGCCAUUUUCGUUCUGUUCUUCAGCUCUGGGGCUGGGGGUGAGGCUGCCUGGGCUUGUAGCCUUUGGUUGGACAUGGGAAUCUAUGGUCUUCCACUGCUGCUUUUUUGGGUUUAGUCUUAGGAGUUCUGUGUUUCAGAGUCAAACUCUAGGAUGAACUGUUCAGAAAACCUGUAUGUCUUCGUCCUUUGUUGCAUACGAGAAUAAGAUAACCAUGUGUCCU